AUGGCGCCUCAGCUCGUCACAACCAUAGACUCCACACCCCGCGAAACAGUCAACCAAAUCAUCCAAGACUCCCUCCAAACAUUCCACACAGGAACAUGGUCGAAGGCAGAUGUCUCGGACCGCUUCGCCGUCCUCUCCACCGCCGCGCGCCUGCUGCGCGCCCGCAUCCCUGAAUUCGUGGAGCUCGAAACUCGUCAGAUUGGACGUCCUAUCCGCGAGAUGCGCGCUCAGCUGGCGCGCGUGCCUGAGUGGUUGGAGUAUUUUGCGUCUCUGGCGCGUGUGCACCAGGGUCAGGUUACGCCGUUUAAGGGGCCUGUUGUGAAUACUUUGACGAGGCUCCCCCUCGGAGUCGUUUGUCAGAUCGUUCCCUAUAACCACCCAAUGCUGAUCGCCAUGAAGAAGAUCGGGGCUGCCCUAGCGGCAGGGAACGUCGUGAUCGUCAAAACCUCAGAGCUGGCGCCGCUGUCGGUCCUGCAGCUAGGUCCGCUCUUCAAAGAAGCCGGCCUACCCGAUGGUGUACUCCAAAUCGUCAGCGGGUACGGGGCCGAGACAGGCCGGUUCCUAUGCGAGAGCCCCCAUCUAGCCCGCAUCGACGUGACGGGGGGCAUUAACACGUACAAGGCGAUUGCGGCGUCCGCGUCGGCCAACCUGAUCCCCAUCACAGCCGAGCUGGGCGGCAAAGCCCCCGUCUGUUUUUUCCCCAGCGUGGAUGUGAAUCAGGCCGUGCGAGCGGCUCUGUUCGCGAGCUUCAUCGCCAGCGGGCAGACGUGCGUGACGGGGAGCCGGCUGCUGGUGCACGCGGAUCUGUACGAUGCGUUCAAGGAGCUGCUGGCGAAGCGGGUGCGGGCGCUGCGGGUGGGUGAUCCCGCCGACGAUAAGACGCAGAUCGGCUCCGUUAUCUCGAAGGCGGCUGUAGAGCGGUGCGCGGCGUUCGUGGAGCAGGCUGUUAAAGAGGGCGGGCGGGUUCUCUGCGGGGGCAAUCCGACGACGAAUAGCGACGGGAAGGGGUUCUUCUUCGAGCCGACUGUGAUUGAGACGCACGCGGAGUCGAACCUCGCUUGUGCGGAGGUUUUUGGCCCCGUCAUUGCGCUGCUGAGGUGCGAGUCGGAGGAGGAGAUUGUGCGUGUUGCUAAUGGGACGGAGUUUGCGUUGGGUGCGUCGGUGUGGUCGAAUGAUUUUACCCAGGCGCAUCGCGUUGCGGAUCAGAUUGAGGCGGGGAUUGUCUGGAUUAAUGGACAUCAUUUGAAUGAUCCGUCGUCGCCGUGGGGUGGAUUUAAGCAGAGUGGGAUUGGGAAGGAGAAUGGGGUGGAGGCGUACGAGAGCUAUACUAGGGUCAAGAGCACGGUGAUGAACUACGGGGUGCCUCCUGUUUGGUUUGAUGAUGAGCCGGCCGAUGCGCGAUAUGGUUAGAUUGACUAUCUAGGAUAGACAUCAAAUGAAGUACAG